ACGAACCAACGAAGAGCAAUUUCCCCCCGCGGGGUUCCACGCCAGUCCAUUUACCCGCGCGCGUUUUCUGAGCCAAGAAACACGCGCGUCUUUCUCCACUCCCGUCUCAGUAGACUAUCAACUUGUUGCCGGUGCACAUCUGAAGUUGGCCACUGAACGCGCAAGUGUUCAAUUUUCUUACACUUAUUCGCUAUUAUCCAAUACUCCAGACAGGAUUAAUUUCGCCAAGAACCGCACCGACUGGAUUUUUCGCAGUUCAAACAACACCUCUUUUCUGGCCGCUCCGUGUCAACGGAAUGGGAACCUCGGCGGCGACGCGAUGAAGAACUGGAUGAAAUACGGAUCGAUCGGCGUCUGCUUCUGGAGCCUCCUGUUGGUCCUGGUCGGAGUCAGCCAAUUGACCUUUGGUGCUUAUUACAUUUCAAAAUUGCCCAUCUUUAAAAUCGGUUCGCCAGUAUGGAUCGGAUUCUUGAACGUCCUAUGCGCAGCGGGUCUGUUUGGUCUGCACCACAAAAUGCUCGGAUUGAGAGACUCCCCGUGGCGAAUAUCUGAUUCCCAGCCAGAGCAGAAUAAGAGGAAAAUUAAAGGCACUUCAAAUAGUUCCAUUCACCAAUCUAUCGGCGAUUUGAGCGCUCCCACAGUCCAGCCGUUUCGCCUGUACUGGUCCGUCUGUCUUUGUGUCGUCAUCAUUUUCAUCAAUGUCGGAAAUGCCAUCAUCUGCCAAGUGGGAGAAUGGAAGCUGUGGAUGAGCCCUUCCGAACGGGAUCAACUCAGAACCAACCUGAGUGUUUUGGCCGUUCAAGCCCAUCGCGUGACUGCAGCCCAAAUGAGCUUGGCCAUUAUCAUCGGCGUCGUUUGCACGGCCCUCAACUUCUGGUUAAUGUACAAGCAGCGCAAAACCUGUCAAGAUCCGGCUCUCGAAACGGGACACUCGCUUCCAUCAUCGAAUCGAACGGUGACCAUCGAUCAUGCAGCCAGCGCCGGUUCGACAGCCUCGAUGGCCGGCAGUACUUUGCACCGCCCUCGCAAGGUUUCCGUCCGGGGAGUCAGUCCGGCCGGAUUCGACAAUCCCAAUUGGGUUUACGGAGAGAACGGCAGCAGCAGCAGUAGCGGCAGCCAAGGAGUUUUGCUCCAUCCGGAGCCUGAGAAUUCGUCGUCGUCUCGACCGAGACCCGUUUCUGUUUCGGUCAUUUCAGAUGGCGGCGGCGGCGGCGGUGGCGGAGGUGGUGGCAGUUCGACGACCCGUUACGCCACCAUCCGUCGGGCGCCAAGCAUUUUGAUGGCAUUGCCUCCAGAGCUUCAUCACAAUCAUUUCUCACACCAGGCUCCAUCACGUCCCAUCCAUCUGAAAAGCGCCUCGUUCCGUUUCGGAGGCGAACGAGAUCCGACGGUUCUCCGGCAAAGUCGAGCGGCCGCUAAAGUGACCCGGAGCAAAACGAUGCGCGAAACGACUUUCAUGACGUCGUCGCCCUGUCACAACGGCGGCGGCAAACAUCCCAUUUUCGAGACGACGACCCAGCACACAUUCGCCCAGCGAUUCCAGUCCAGCCUGGACGGCAAUUCCGCCCUGAGUUUCGUCCACGACAUUACGGGCGAAUUCGACGAAGACGAAGGCAACGGAGGCAUUUCAGUGGCAUCGACGGCCCCGGUGGCGGAUUCGCCGUUUGCAGUCGAUCCACCUCCGCCGAAAAUUCCCGUCCGGUCGACCAAAGUUGAGAACGGAAUGCAGACCACCGUCGAAGCGGAUGUGAUGCAACAAGAAGAAGAGGAUGACGAAGAAGAAGAAGAAGAAGAAGAAGAAAGACCUCCGGCGAGGGUGCCAGCUGUUCGCCACCAGGUCCGCAGCAGCGACCGGAUCAUCCUUCGGGUUGAAAGCUUCCGCACUUUGCAGUCAAGUCCGGCCAGAACGUCGACUCCGCCAGCUCCUGGCGUCCAACGUCCACAUCCGGUGCGGAACAACACCAAUGUCAAACGCGUCUCCAGUUCGACGCAGACCGAGCUUUCCGUUUUGAAGCCCGUCAGCGGUAACAACAACAACAGCAAUUUCGGCACAUCCGGAAUUGGUCAGGGCCAGCAGCGAAUGAAGCGCUCAGUGCUGCAGCAACAAUAUCACGGCUCCAAUGGCAAAGUCAAACCGGGCGGAGGAACCGUGCCUACCAGUCAGGUAGCCACCGAAACGGCUACUAUGCCCCAAAUAUCUCCGGUGGAAUCCUCUUCCGGCUACAGUUCUCCGCGCGGAACUGAAUCCAAAUCGCCGACGCCAGAGCCGACCCUCGGAGGCGUCCAGCAAGAUCAGCAUCAGGAGCCAAUGGUUCCGGGGAAAUCGACGCCAGCUCCCGUCAACGUGACGGUCAUCCAGAUCGAUCCCAAUCCAGCCGUGGCCAGCGGCAAUGGCAAGAAUAACCUGAAAGAAUUCCAGCCGCGAGUAACGGACGUGACGUACGCGACUCCUCGCAAGCGUUCGGAGCGCGGGACUCCGACCGGUCACAACGAGUCGACAUCUACGACGCCGGAUCAGAGUUUCCAGGUGAGCAUCCAGUCGAAACCAGUCAGCAGAUCCGUUUCGUUCCAUCACAUGUCACAAGCCGGAAGAAAGGCCGUGUACGGCAACGAGUGGCUCAAUGCCAGUUCCCUUUUGGGCAGUCAUUUGCCGCCGUUGGGCGUGAUGAGCAUCCCGCGUCCAGCUCUGCGCAGCAAUUCCCACCAGCGCUACUCGUCGCCUUCGGGCUCGUCACGCCGCUCCAGCAGCAACAAUGUCAGCGCUAAUAAUGGAGGAGGCGUGACUCAACAGCAACAUCCGUCCGGAUCGAGUUUAAGUCGAUCGACCUCCAUGUAUUUGGCAAUGUCGGAAAUUCAGCGCAAGCUAGAUUUGCUCCAGGUGCUGGACGCCCGUCACCACAUAGCCGUACCAUCGGGCGACAUCGUGCCCGUUCAUCGUGAGUCACGAUACAUCGACAACAAUCAACGCAACUACGACGACUAUUAUUCCGCAAGCCCGUCACAUCACACCGUGGAGCGCGAGUCAUCCAGGCGGACCAGGAGCCGGUCGAAUAGCAGCAGCAGCCGGCAGCAGCAGCAGCUUCCGCCUCAGCCACCUCCGCCGCCGCCGCCGCCACCUCCACCGCUUCCGGCGGUCGAUUUGAACGAUUCACUGGACUCGGCCAAGACGCUGGCCUAUCUUUCCGAACUGGAAAUGUUGGCCAGGCAUUGGCGAACGCAACUGUUGUACAAAGUGGAGUUAAAAUCGCCCAACAAGAGAAUGAUGGGCACCGUGCUGGAAAACGAUUCCUUCCAAUGCUGAGAUUCAACACAUACAGAGACGCACACACAACGAAAGAAAUUUUAAAUACCUUUUUUUUUGUUAGUUUUUCCAAGGCGGAACUUUCCUGCCCUCUUACCUUUACGAACCAAAAGAAUCCCAAAGUAUUACCAUAUAUUUAAAAAGGAAAGGAAAAAAAAAGAAAUGUUUAUAUAUAUUAUGUAUUCCCAGCAAACAACAUUUGUCAGAAAGAAACAAGAAAUUAAGUAGCUUAUUCCCUCGACUUUAUUUUUCACUUGUGUGUACCUUUACAAUCAUCAACCCGAGGUUUAGGGUGGAUAUUACAUUAUGAAUUAUUAUUUGUAUCGAUAUGAUCAUGUUAUAUGUGUACGAUCGACCUAAAAAUUCAUCAAUAACAAUAAUUCCUUGGUUUCGA